AUGUCCAAUGAACGGCGGAUUAAAUCCCUCAAAAUGAGGCAGAAGAGCCUCCUGACCUCCUUUGGACUCAUCAAGCGGUUCGUCGACGAUUACGUGGAAGAAACCAGUGCCCGUGAAGUCAGUGUACGACUCGAGCAUCUCAUUAACAUCUGGAAUGACUUCAACGCCACCCAAGCUGAACUUGAGACCCUAGAUGACACAGCGAUCGACGCCCAUCUCAAGGAACGUGUCGAGUUCGAAGAGGCGUACUUUCAGGCCAAAGGGUUCUUGCUUUCCGUGAAUAAAACCGAACCUAUGUCCCCUCGAGCUCCUUCGUCUUCUUCAUCGGCCGUACCAAGCCCUACGUCGUCCCACAUCAGGUUGCCCGACAUCAAGAUACCGAACUUCGCUGGACAUUUCGACCAAUGGUUAAACUUCCACGACUUAUUCGUUUCGUUAGUUCAUUCAUCGCACGAACUGACGAAUAUUCAAAAAUUCUACUAUCUUCGUUCUUCGCUCUCUGGGGACGCUCUAAAGCUUAUCCAAACCAUCGCUAUUAGUGCCACGAACUACCAGGUUGCGUGGAACCUUCUCUUGGACCAUUACCAGAACCCAGCUCGCUUAAAAAACUCCUACGUCGACACUCUUUUCGAAUUCUCGCCCAUCAAGAAGGAGUCCGCCUACGAGCUGAAUUCUCUGGUCGAAAAGUUCGAUGCUAACGUCAAAGUUCUUCGCCAGCUUGGUGAACGGACGGAGUACUGGGAUAUUCUGUUGAUCCGUAUGCUGAGUAGCCGAUUAGAUCCCACCACCAGAAGGGAUUGGGAGGAAUAUUCGUCGACGCAGAACGCCGUGUCCUUCAAAAGCCUUACUACCUUCAUUCAGCGAAGAGUCACCGUGCUGCAAACGAUCGGGAAGACCAACGAGAAUCCAUCGACGAUCUUCAACACCAAGAAGCCGACCCCACGACUAGUCGCGAGCCACGGAGCAAGUCCAACAAAUCAACGAAAAUGUGUUGCUUGCUCAGACCACCAUCCCCUAUACCAAUGCGGGGUCUUUUCCAAAUUAAGCAUUGAAGAUAAGGAAAAGGAAGUUCGCCGUCAUCAACUGUGUAGGAACUGUCUGCGAAAGGGUCACAUGGCCAAAGAAUGCCCGUCAUCAACGUCGUGUCGAAAGUGCAGAGGUCACCAUCACACCCAGCUUUGUCAAGGUCCAUCGUCAGCAAGCGCAAAGGCCAUCGAAAGUCAAUCCAAGGAAAAUUCGAGUCAACCAGCUAGCGAGCAACCAUCCGCAUCAGUUUCGGCAACCGUGGACGAACAAGUCAGCCUCGCCUCCGCCGGACAUGAACGCAAAAAUGUACUCCUAGCCACCGCUGUAGUAAUUGUUGUAGAUGAUCAUGGAUUGGAACACGCUGCGAGAGCUUUGCUGGACUCUGGUAGUGAGUGCUGCUUUGCUACCGAAUCGUUUUCACAGCGCAUCAAGGUUCAACGGAAACGCAUCCACUUGCCCAUCUCCGGAAUUGGGCAGUCCGCCACGGAAUCACGGUUUAAAUUCCACUCGAAGAUUCGCUCCCGCCUCAGCAAUUAUUCCGCUAAUGUUGAAAUCCUCGUUCUGCCCAAGGUCGCAAUCGAUUUGCCCUCUGUCGCUGUCAAUACGUCGUCCUGGGAGAUUCCCCCAGGAAUUGAGCUUGCAGAUCCUGCUUUCCACCAAACCGGUCCCAUCGAUCUAAUUCUGGGCGCAGAAGUCUUUUUUGAAUUCUUCAAAGUCUCUGGCAGAAUCAACCUCGGACCAGAUCUGCCAACGCUCGUUAACUCUGUCUUCGGCUGGGUCGUGUCCGGGAAGAACAACCGAAGUGCUGCUGCCACUCCAAUCGUCGCGAACAUCGCUACUGUCGCUGACCUGAAUCAACUUAUGGAAAAAUUCUGGUCCAUUGAAGAGGAUAGUGCUCGUUCAUGUCAUUCUGUAGAGGAGGCAGCCUGCGAAGAGCACUUUCGUCAAACAGUCUCUAGGACACCCGAAGGUCGCUACGUAGUGUCGCUUCCAGUCAAGCAAGACGUCCUCGACAACCUUAAGGACAAUCGUCGUACAGCUAUUCGCCGUUUGCAUCUCCUGCAGAACCAACUCGCACGCAACGAUGAGCUUUGCCAACAGUACCGAAGUUUUAUGGACGAGUACCUGCAAUUAGAACAUAUGUCACUUGUGAAGGACUACCAACAAACGCCGCAACUGUGCUAUCAUCUUCCACACCAUGCUGUCAUACGCGAGGACAGCACCACCACAAGGGUACGCGUGGUCUUCGACGCGUCUUGUCGAUCUUCGAAUGGCCCAUCCUUAAACGACGCACUUAUGGUUGGACCCACUGUGCAAGAAGAUCUUCGAUCAAUCACUAUGCGAUCAAGAAUUCGUCCAAUCUUACUCAACGCAGAUAUCAAGCAGAUGUAUCGACAGAUCCUCACCGAUGAACCAAGCAAUCGACUGCAGCACAUCGUAUGGAGCCCAUCGCCCGAUACCCCUUUGCAAACCUACGAGCUGAAAACGGUAACUUACGGUACCGCUUGCGCCCCCUUCCUGGCCACACGGGUGCUCCAACAGCUAGCAGAUGACGAGCAGGAGGAGUUUCCUGAGGCAGCUGACGUUCUUCGACAAGAUUUCUACGUAGACGACUUAUUUUCGGGAGCACAUACGAUAGAAGAAGCCAUCACGUUGAGGAAGCAACUGGAAUUACUUCUCGGCAGAGGAGGUUUCGAAUUGCGGAAAUGGGCAUCGAGUGAACCUGCUGUUCUAGAGGACGUUCCAACGGACAAGCUGGCGCUGAAAUCAUCGGUGGACCUCGACAGAGAUUAA